AUGAAUUAUCUUCUGAAUUUCACGGGAGUGUGCCUUCACCUCCACGAAUCUGUCAGCCUCCAUGUAUCUGUCAUCGGACAUCUGAUACUCUCUGAUAAUCUAGUUAAUGUUGAUUGUUCACCUAAGCUAGAAUUGUAUGUUAAACAAUCACAUAGUACCACCUCUGAGGCCCAACAUUCUCCAUCUAGCAUCCAAAAGGCUAUUGCUGAAUUUGUGGGUACAUACAUUCUUUUAUUUGCUGGCUGUGGGGCUGCACUUGUCAACGAGAGGUUACCGAUCACAAUUGUUGACAUAGCAAUUGUUUCCGGCUUCGCUUUAACUGUCGCUAUAUAUUCAGUUGGUCACGUAUCUGGUGCCCAUUUCAAUCCUGCUGUCACAAUUGCUUUGGCUGUUGUCCAAAAAAUUCAAUUGAAACUUGUGCCUGUUUAUGUGUUGUGUCAGUUAAUGGGUGCCACACUGGCCACACUCACACUCAAAGUGUUGUAUCAUGACAAGGUGGAUAUUGGAGUAACAGUGACCCAAUACUCGAAUUCAACUUCUGAUCUUGAAGCAUUGGUUUGGGAAUCCAUAAUCACUUUCAUACUGGUGCUAAUUAUUUGUGGUGUUGCCACUGAUCACAGAGGGAGCAAAGAACUAGCUGGUGUUGCAAUAGGUAUUUCAGUUACGAUUAAUAUCAUCAUUGCCGGGCCUAUCACGGGAGCUUCCAUGAAUCCUGCAAGGAGUGUGGGACCGGCCAUAGUAUCAGGCAAUUACAAAAACAUUUGGGUUUUUAUCAUUGGCCCAACUGUGGGAGCAGUUUUUGCAACUGUGCUUUACACUUUCCUAAGAGUAACAAAACCAGCUCAACCAGAAGAACCAUGUCAUGUGUGAAAUCAUAAUCAUUUAACUUUCUAAUCCAUCAACUGAUAAAUUUCUACGAGCUUGAUCUAUAUCAGUAGUUAGCAACAGGUCAUUUCCUUUUACUAGUUUAGAAUAGAAACAGUGAGGACUAGGAAUGUUUUCAUGAAAGACUAUAAUGUGCUUAUUCCAGUAAAAAAGAAUAAUAAUACUCUUGUUAUAGUUAGUGGCGUUUGCAAUAACUUAUAAGAACCAAAUCACUUGAAUACUCCACCUACCAUUCUAUACUACUCAAUGUAAAAUUUGGACACUCAAUAGUACCCCCUGUUUCUAUCAUAAAGAUAGUGAGUAUGUUCCCGUAGUCACCAAGUAACCACUGUCUUUAUUACUACUACGGUUAUUUUAUUAAAGUAGUAUUUAUUAUUUAUAUGAAUGGUUAUUUUUCUUGAGUUUCAAAGUGGGGAUUUUGAUUAACAUUGUCACUAUAAUUUCAUCUGUCUUUAAAUUCAUCAAUUACAUACAUUAACA